CUCCCUCCAAACGUUCAUUGACCUUGUGGGAACCAUUGUGUUUUUGGAAAUGAUUAUCUUAAUACUAUUAUCAUGUUUUACCAUAGUGUCUGCAGUACCAGUCCGUCCGGAUGUUCUUCGUCCCCUGCUUUCACAAGGAGGAGCCACUCAAGCUCAAAGAGUUGUUGAAGCCACAAACCAGCAACCUGAUACUCAGACACCGGCCCCACUUUGCCCUAAUGUGGAGCAACCACAGUCUGGGGUCCAGCAGCAGCCAGGGCCCCAGGCUGGCCCACAGUUUCUGCCACCCACACAACACCACACCUGGCUUCCACUAGGGGGCAGUCCAAUGAUCAUCCCUCAGCAGCCGAAUGUCUACGGAUCUCAGCCUUCUAACCAGCCGACACUCCCACAGCAGCCUCUGAUUUUCCCGCCUUAUACAUACUUUCCUGUUUUCUCAUCUCCCCAUAGGAAUCAACUGUUCCCCCAAUAUGGAUUCCCGAUGAUUCUUGAAUCACCUUUUCCACAAACUCCAGAAAAUCAACCUCCAAACAGUCCGCUGUUACCUGCAGAAACACCUUCUGGAGCUGCUAUAGGAGAUGCAGCUCAGACAGGGCAGCAGCAACAACAGAAUCCUCAAAUUGUAUAUAUGCUCCAGCAACCCAAGAGCUCUCUGCUUGGCAGUCUAAGCUCUGAGGAAUUUCAGAUGGCAGCUAAAUUGGGCCAGCUAGAUGUUUACCUGAACACUGUGCUCACAAACCCACCUGCAGGAGCCGUUCAGCACAUGAUCAGGGCCGCGGGGCUCGCAAACCCUGAGCAGAAAGGCAUCGUCCCAACUGUUGGGACCUCUUUACGUGGAGUCGUGCAGACACAAGGACCGGCCAGCUCUGGACCACAGCCAAACACUAAUGGCCUCCCUGCAGGUUUGAAGAGACCAGCGCAAGAGGCAGCCACUGUCCAAACAUCUGUUCAACCCAAACUGCAACCCACUCAAGGAAACCUAGUCUGAGACUGCAGCCACCGGCAGAGAUAACUUGAAAAAAAUGUUUUUCUUUUUAAUAGUUAGAAUAAUAAAGAGCGAACAUGAAUUAUUUCAA